GUGAGUUGUUUGGGUGGCCAGCUGAGAAGUACGCGGAACUUCUUCCGUGCUGGUGUAUAUGAACUUUUAGCGACGUUUAGCGAGGAAGUUUUAUUUUUUUCAUUUCUAUUGAUUAUUCAGAUAUUAUUCAUAAUGACUACACAAAUAUUCCGCAGUUUAGUAGGAGUUGGUUUUGCAGCAACAAAAUCAAGUUUAUCAGGAUUUAACAAAUCUGUUACAUAUAUGUUAGCUCGCAAAAUGUCAGACAUUGCUCGGUAUGAAUUUGAAACUUUAAUUGUCACGUCACCACAUGAUCAUGUUCUUCAUGUUGAAAUUAAUCGUCCUGAAACAUUGAAUUCCAUGGAUAAAACAUUUUGGAGAGAGAGUUUAGAUUGUUUUAGAAAAAUUCGGGAUGAUAGACAAUGCCGUGCUGUUGUUUUAUCAGGUUCUGGAAGAUUAUUUUCAUCAGGAUUAGAUUUGCAGGAUAUGCAGGAUCUCACAUCUCAAGUUGCUGGAAAAGGAGAUGUAGCUAGGAAAGCAAAAUUUCUAAUGUCACUGAUUUCAAAAUAUCAAGAAUCCUUCAAUGCAAUUGAAAAUGUAAGUUUAUUAAAUUUAUUAUUUGAAAUCAGAAUCUAUACAAUCACCACGAUACUACUGGAAAUAGAUGCAGGUAUGGCACCUGAUCUUGGAGCUUUACAAAGACUUCCAAAAAUUGUUGGUAAUGAUAGUCUUGUAAGAGAAUUGAUCUAUAGCUGUUCCAAAGUUUUUUCAUCAGAAGCAAAAGAGGUAGGACUUGUAAGCAGAGUUUUUCCAACAAAAGAAGCUAUGAUGACUGCAGCUUUUGAAUUAGCUAAAACUAUAGCAAAGAAAAGUCCUGUAGCUGUCCAGGGUGCAAAAGUAGCAUUGAAUUUUUCAAGAGAUCACAGUGUUCCAGAUGGAUUAGAUUUUAUGACUUUUUGGAACAUGACCAUGCUUCAAAGUGAAGAUGUUUUGAAAUCAGCUCACGCAUUAAUUACUAAAGCUGAACAACCCCCAAAAUAUUCAAAACUUUAAACUUGAAAGGCUACAAGAUGAAAGAUGAUGAUCACAGAAUGUCUGUUAAUUUUUAUGACCUAUUUUUUAUAUUAUGGAAUAAAAAGUAAUGGUUCUAACAAUGUAUUAUGCUAUAAUUGAUUAUUACCAUAAGUAGUCAGUACAUUUGUAAAAACAAAAAAAUAUUUUUUAUACUU